UCGAUGUACAUGUCUGUGUCAUCCUAUUUUAGAGUAAAUAAGUAUCAAUUUUUUAAUGCUUAUCAUAUUAAAUUGUGGGCACUUACUUAUUCUAUGUGUGCUUCUGCUGACGAGGAUCCCAUAAUGCGAGUAAUACCAUAGCUCGUACCUGCACGAAUUUGGGACUGCAACCCGUAUUUACUGAAUUUUUUUAAAUUAAGACAAGUGUAUUUCAUACCGUAUUUUAGAUCAAUUGUUGAAAUUAUUGGUCUUCGUACUUAAUAUUCUUUAACAAUAUGAUGGACAAAUCAGGCUUUGAUUAUUUGUUCAAAUUACUGCUUAUGGGAGACUCGGGAGUUGGGAAGUCUUCGCUACUCUUCAGAUUUAGUGAUGAUGCAUUUACCAAUAACUAUAUUUCUACAACAGGCAUUGAUUUCAAAAUCAAAACUAUUGAACUUGAUGGCAGACGUGUGAAGCUUCAAAUAUGGGACACGGCUGGUCAAGAAAGGUUUCGCACAAUUACGAAAUCGUACUACAGAGGAGCAAUGGGAAUCAUGUUGGUUUAUGACAUCACAAGCAAACGCACCUUUGAAAAUGUGACAAAUUGGCUUCAGGAGAUACGAGAGCAUGCCACGGAAGGAGUUGAGAAAAUAUUGAUUGGGAAUAAAUGCGAAAUGGAAAAUAGCCGACAAGUUUCCCAAGAAGAAGCCAAAGCUAUUGCUCAAGAAAAUGACAUGCUCUUCUUUGAAACAUCAGCCAAAGCCAACUUUAAUGUGGAAGAAGCAUUUCAAUAUUUGGCCAGAGUGAUUUUAAACAAAAUUCACAACCAAGGUGUCCCACAACUGUCUCCAGAUAGAAACCAAGUUAAUCUUAGGGAAGCAGGGUCUAAAGGCAAUUCUAGAUCGUGUUGUUCGAGAUGAAAAUUACUACGUACAUAUACAAAACCAAACCAAACCAAACCACUGCAUGAAUAAAUAACAAUAAAUACACUUUUACGGUUGCAAAAUACAUGCUGCCGUAAUACGUCUUUGUAUUUAGCAGAUUAUGUGAUAACUUUAAUAAGGAAACACUUUAUAUAUUAAAUUGAUAGAAAUGUGUGAUGUGUCACUGAGGAUGAAUAGUUAUUAAGGCAUAUGUAUGUAUGUACAAGUAAGCAAGCAGCAUAUCGAGCGAGUGACUUGUGCGCUUUACAUAACGAGAUCGACAUUAUGAAAUCCAAUAUUUCUGGUAAAAAUAUAAUAAAAUAGUAUUCAAUUUAUUGGUAUACACAAAAAAACUCUAAAAAGCAAUUUGUACACAUUGUACAACAGAGGGUAAAAAAGCUUGAAUAAAUAACUGAAUUAUGUAUUUGAUAUUUA